AUGGAGGCGCCGCCGCCGCCGCUGGCCGCGGGCGCGGUGAAGGAGAUCGCGGAGCUGCCCAACGGCCCCGGCACGACCCAGCCGGUGCUGCAGGCGGCGGACGUGCGGCCCGUGACCGCCAAGGGCGCGGCGGCGGGGGUGCAGCAGUCGGAGCGGUUCCGGAUGCUCGUCUCCGACGGCGUCCACUCGCUGCAGUCCAUGCUCUCCACCGACCUCAACCACCUCGUCAGGGACGGCACCCUCCGCCCAGGCUCCAUCGUCCAGCUCAUGGACAUCAUGUGCAACACCAUCCAGGGACGCAGGAUCAUUAUUGUUUGCAAACUUGAUGUUCUGCGAACUGAGUGCGCCAUGAUUGGGAAGCCAAAGCUUUACGAGACGAAAACCGUACGUGAAGGCCAGGAGCCCAACUUACAGGCUAAUGCUGUUGCCCCAAGGGUGGAGCAGUUUGCUAGCAAUCUGCCAUAUGGUGGACCCUCCAAUGGUGCCCACGGCACAGGGGGCUCUUCUAUUGGUCGGACAAUCGAAAAUGGACCUAACAAUGUGUUGCCUGGUGGAUCUUAUGGUACAAUGCCAGCACAGAACACAAUGAAUGCCAAUGUGGUGCAGCCAAACGCUCAGCGGCCCUUACUGAACUCUCAACAGAACACACUGAAUGCCAAUGUGGUGCAGCCAAACUCUCAGCGGCCCUUACCGAACUCUCAUCAAAACCAAAGGUUUGCGGGUUCUGGUACAGGUGGGUACUCUGGCCCUCCUGGCAAUAUUUAUAUGCGUCCUGCACAGCCUUCGUAUCAGCAGCCACCUCCAGUAGGUACAGGUGGGUACUCUGGCCCUCCUGGCAAUACUUAUAUGCGUCCUGCACAGCCUUCGUAUCAGCAGCCACCUCCAGUAUAUAGAAAUAGCGGUCCAGCUGCUAAGAAUGAAGCUGCCCCUCGUGUUGUCCCUAUUUCUGCGUUGAACCCAUACCAAGGUAUAUGGACAAUAAAGGCCAGGGUGACUGCAAAGACUCAUGUCCAUCACUACGUCAAUGGAAGAGGUCCAGGAAAACUCUUCACCUUUGAUCUCCUUGAUGCACAUGGUGGAGAAAUUCGUGCAAAAUGCUUUAAUGAGGUUGUUGAUAAGUUCUGUGACCUAAUUGAGGUUGAUAAGGUGUAUUUGCUAUCUAGAGGGGGGUUGAAACCCGCACAGAAGCAGUAUAACCAUUUGAACAAUGACUAUGAAAUCAGUCUGGAUGCUACAACAUCUAUAGAAGUUUGUUCUAGUGAUGACAGCAGCAUCCCUAGGCAGCAGUUCAAUUUCCAACAAAUCAGUGAAAUAGCGAAUAUGGAUAAAGGAGCCACGGUAGAUUUACUUGCGGUUGUUACUUCGGUUAGCCCUUCUUUUCCAGUAAUGCGGAAGAAUGGUAUGGAAACCCAGAAAAGAAUGGUCGAACUGAAGGACAUGUCUGGUUGCAGCGUGGAAACAACCUUCUGGGGUAACUUCUGUGAUGCUGAAGGUCAGCAGCUGCAGGUGCUGUGUGAUUCUGGUUCAAAUCCUAUACUUGCCCUGAAAAGUGGCCUUGUCGGUGAUUUCAAUGGCAAAUCAGUGGGCACAAUCAGCUCAAGCUCCUUAAAAAUAAAUCCGGACUUUCCUGAUGCAGAAAAGCUGAGGCAGUGGUACAUGACUGAAGGCAAAAACGCUGCUUUCAGUUCUUUGUCUGGGAGAAUGUCAGGCACAGGCAUGACUGAUGUUCGAAAAACUGUUGCUCAGAUCAAGGAUGAAGGCUUGGGGAGAUCAGAGAAGCCUGAUUGGGUCACUGUUAUGGGUGCAAUUUCACACAUCAAGACCGACAGUUUUUGUUACCCUGCUUGCACCGUGGAGGUUAAUGGUACGCGGUGCAAUAAAAAGGUCACAAAUAAUGGUGACGGGAUGUGGCAAGGCGAGAAAUGUGAUCACAGCUCUCAAGAUUGCGAAUAUAGGUAUGUGAUGCAGUGUCGAAUCCAGGAUCACACUGGGACUACCUAUGCAACUGCUUUCCAAGAGGCUGGCGAGGAGAUCCUUGGCCUCACAGCGCAAGAUCUUUUCAGGAUAAAAAAUGAAGACGAAGUACAAUUUGCAGGAAUCAUACAGGGUGUUUCUUUCCAGCAGUAUCUCUUCAAGCUGAAAGUCAAGGAAGAAACAUUUAAUGAUGAAGCACGUCUGAAAGCCAACAUUGUUAAGGCUCAAAAAUUGGAUGACACAUCGAAAAAUAGUUGUUCUCUUUUGGGAGCAAUUGAGAGCCUGUUGGUGGAGGAGGACGGCUCAGGCUCAACUCCUGGGGCGAAUGGUGCUGCUGCUAUUAACCCUGGGACCACCUCCAACAAUAACCAUGCCAUGAAUGCACAGACUUGCGCUGUUUGUGGGUCUAAUGAGCACAGUGUGCAGAACUGUCCUGCGGUGGCCAUGGAUAUGCAGCAACCAGCAGCAAGCGGCUUCACGGCUAGUUCCUAUGGUUCCUCGGCUGGCUAUGCCAACGCCAGUUCAGGCGUGUGCUUCAAAUGCAAUCAGCCUGGACACUACUCUAGCAACUGCCCAGGGCAGGCCAUCUCCUAUGGUUAUUCAGCCGGCAACGCCAACGCCAGAUCAGACUUGUGCUUCAAAUGUCAUCAGCCUGGGCACUUCUCUAGCAACUGCCCAGGGCAGGCAGCAAUCUCCUACGGCUCUUCAGGUGGCAACACUAAUGCCAGAUCAGACGUGUGCUACAAAUGCAAUCAGCCUGGGCACUUCGCCAAAGACUGUGUGGCGCAGGCUGCUGCCCCCCAGCGCCAGAGCUACGGAAAUAGUGCCACGUCAGGAGGAUACAACAGGCAGUCCUAUGUUGGUAGUUUCUGAAGUGUUUUGAGCCGAGCCAAUAGCAUCCUCGUUCGGUUUUAGCUGCGCAGCUUGGCAUCGCCACACUUUCUGUAUAGUAGUUUGAAUGUGCUUGCUGUAUACGUGGCUUCUAGUGUUCACUGGGAUGCCUGGGUCUGGACCUUGUGCUCUCUCAAGUCUUUAUAUAGCAGUUUAUCUUUAAGUGUUUUUUUUGAGCUUUUCAUGGGUUUCUUGUGCCAAUUUUCUUUAUUAUGCUUCCUCAGCCCACUGUUUGUAAUUAGGUUAGCUAGCUCAAACUGCAAAAGGUUGGCACUUUGCCCGGUGUAGA